UCCGAAUUUCUUUCCAGUUGAAGAUUGUUGUUCAGAGUAGAAAGAUUGAACUCUGUCUCUGUUUAUUAAUCGAUAAUCUUUUCCCCUUCCUGAGUCCUGGCGACUCUAGUGCACCCCGUCCCCCCUUUUUAACCUUUCCUUUUUUGUUUGGGAGUGGAAGAUACGCAAGAAAAAAUGUCGAAGAACAAGUUUAAUUUAAAGUUACCCCCAGGUUCCAUCGAGCAUAGCAAUGAUGACAACCCUGGCACAGAAACGCCCCAAAGAAAAGCUAGCACUGGAGCUUCUGGUAGUUUUGGAGCUGUGUCCUUAGAGUCCCUAUUAAAGUGUAUUGAAGAACUAGACAUGGAUGACACACAGCGGAGGCGACUGGAGAUAUUUCUCGUCCAAAAGCAAAAGUUUUUGUAAUUUACACCAGAUAGGCGAGCUAAAUGCCGAUGACUUUGAAAAGCUGGGUGAGCUGGGAGCAGGGAACGGAGGAGUAGUCAACAAAGAGCGACAUAAACCUUCGGGGCUUUCCAUGGCUCGUAAGCUUAUACAUUUAGAAGUGAAACCUGCCGUUAGAAAUCAAAUCAUCCGAGAACUGAAGGUAUUACACGAGUGUAACUCUCCUUUCAUCGUGGGAUUUUAUGGAGCCUUUUACAGUGAGGGGGAAAUCUCGAUCUGUAUGGAGUAUAUGGACGGUGGAUCAUUAGAUCUGUGUCUCAAGAAAGCUAUUAGAAUUCCAGAACCUAUUCUUGGGAAAAUAUGCUCUACGGUGUUGAAAGGUUUAGCUUAUCUACGUGAGAAACAUCAGAUCAUUCACAGAGAUGUGAAGCCGUCCAAUAUAUUGGUAAAUUCGCGAGGAGAAAUAAAGAUUUGUGACUUUGGCGUGUCAGGCCAGCUCAUCGAUAGUAUGGCAAACACAUUCGUAGGCACCAGAAGUUACAUGUCUCCUGAGCGUCUAAAUGGGGAUCACUACUCUGUGGCGAGUGACAUUUGGAGCCUGGGACUGUCUCUGGUUGAAAUGGCCAUUGGUAUGUAUCCUAUUCCUCCACCAGAUCAGAGUACACUACAAAAAAUUUUUGGAACCAAAGUUGAGGGUAUCAGUCCAUCGCCAACCUCACGUUCCCCGAGAUCAGCUGGUUUGCCAGGAGAGCCAAGGCCCAUGGCUAUAUUUGAGUUACUCGAUUACAUUGUAAAUGAGCCCCCACCACGGUUACCUGCUAAUGUGUUUUCUCCAGAAUUUGUGGAUUUAGUAGAUCGAUGUUUAAAGAAAAGUCCUAGUGAAAGAGCAGAUUUAACCACUUUACAAAAUCACGAAUGGAUUAAGAGAGCGGACCAGGAGAAUGUAGACAUUGCCGGUUGGGUUUGCAAAACAAUGGAUAUCACCCCAUCCACCCCUACCAAACCUUCUGCUGAGGGCAACAGUUAGACCAGUAGAUGGUGAAGGUGUUCCUCUGGGUGGCUCCAUGCCAAAGUUUGAAAACUAGACUCACGACAUGACUUGCAGUGUUAAGGCCGCAGUUCAGCAGUUUAUUGGUUUAGGAAGACUGUGCCGAUAAGUGCCGAUGCUGACAUAACUUUUGAGCUUUAUUGUUGUAACUUUUUUAUGAUUUACCUGUCUUGUAAGGAAACUAUGUAAAACUUAAUGUGGUGAAGACUUAAUUCAUGCUCUUGUGUUUUGUAGAGCUCAAGAGUGGUCUUUAUGUAUGGUCAUUGUCGUCCUAAAACCUCUGCCAACAUUUUUAUGUGGAGUUCAAAUUAUGUGGGGAGGAUUCCUGUCUAGUCUGGUCUUGAAAGGAAAGGAGUACAGUAACUUCUUGACUGCGGCCUCUAGACAUCAGUUUUCCAAAGGAUAUUUAACAUCUGUAUUUAAAUAUUUUUUUUAUUUAUGUUAAACCAGUCCCGGUGACUUGCAGUUUCCUCCAGUGACUUGAGACGUUUCUUUUGGGAGACUGAAGAAGAUGAAAGAGGAGAUGAUGAUAUGACUGGUGUGAAGGAAAUUUCUAUCCCAAAUGUUUGUAGAUUUUUUUAAGACUUAAAAUUUUAACCUUUUUAAUACCGAGUAUUCUGUGGGUACAGUUUAUGUCCAACACUUAGUAAAGUUUUCUACAAUGGGAAAUCAUCUUAUGCAGUAUAUAAACUGACUUUGGGUGUGAAUUUACUAUGUGAGCAUCACUGCUCACUUUUUACCAUGUAAUUUAAAAGGUGGUCUUCUAGUAGGGAUCUGGAAAUUAAAACUCAGUGUAAGGGCUUAUUGCUUUAAGUGGCAGUGCAAAAUCUUUGGGACCUUCCUUGCAUUUUGAUGAAAUCAUAACAUGUUUGAAGCAUAAGAUCAAUCCCUGUAAAUAUUAAAGAAAAUGUCCUGAGAAGUUAUAGUGAAAGCAGUCUACCUGUUUUCAUUUGAAGCUGAAGCUACAGUUGACAGAAGGGCUAAUUCAUCAAAUAACAUUUCACUGUAUGUACUUAGUCCCGUAAGGAUUUUUUAUUUUAUAUUUGCAGAGUGUCGUGUUGCUUUAUGAGACGUGUAUGGUCAUGAAAUAACAAGGAUAACCUAGGGACAGGACAUAGGUUUGUCUGAAAAUCUGUGAUGGAACUUUUACACUGCAGGUAACCGAGCCUUGGAGAGAGUCUUUUCCCCUCCACAAUAUGUGUCAUUGUGUUUGUACAGUGUGGUUUUGGGUGUUGUAUUCUGGGGCUUUUUGAGGUCUCUGGGAAGGAUGGUUUAAGCACAAUUCCAGUUGGUUAAGUUGUUAGGUCUGAUGUGUAAUAUUUUUUCCUUGUGGGUUGAAUGUGCAGCAGCACAAAAUCAAACUUCCUUGUUAAAGGGAAAAAAAUAAAGAGUUGCUUAGAUAGUUUUGUACACAUUUAGCAUUGCAGUAUCAUUUUAGGUAUAAACUUACUUAAAGCCAAGAAUUGAGGGUUCAUAGGAAUGCAACCUUCAGAGAGCUAAAAAAUUCCCAGAGUGGCAUAUUAAUGCAGUAUCAAUAUUACAGAGGGUGAAGAAUUACUCUUUUUUUUUAUUUUAUUUUUUUUAUUUUAGUGUGUUUGCUGGUGAUAUGUCGGUACUGUAGUUGGAAAGGGAAGGAAGGCAAGUCUUCUGCUUCUGAAGUGCCUGUUGAGAACUCUUUAAAAGCUGCACCCCACUACAACAAACGGAAUAAUUACAGUAGUUGGCAAUUUCCCAUGUCUAGCACAGAUGCAAAGAGCACUUAUUAUGGCCAUGAAGGCUGUAACAAGUGUUGGGUGGGGUCAGAGUUUCAUUUUUGGGGGCUGUCAUAAUAGACUUUUCCCCCAAAUUCAAAGAUGUCCAGUCUAUAGGAUUGAUUCAGAACAACAAGUGAAAAACAACCACCUUUGUCAUGAUGAAGGAGAGAAGGAAGGUCAAGGGUUUCCCUCCAGUAUUUCUCCUCAAAAGAGUCAAACUUAAGCACUGAUAUGCUGUCAUUUCAUGGAAGAAUGUAAUAGUAUCAUGAUUUUUUCAGUGUUCGUUAUGAGUUGAUCACUGCCAAGUGGUAUGGUCAUUGACUUUCUAAUAGAGGUCAUAAAUCAAAUUUAAGGAACGUAACGUCUCCAGAGUGAGACUCAAUGUGGAAGGAAUGAGAAGUAAAUUAUUUGGGGCAAUUAAAUGGGCUACUAUAAGAAGUGUAAUUACCCUAUCUCAUGGGAAUCAAGUGUUCAUAAACUCCAGUACUCUUUGAUUGGUCAUUUGUUGGACUAGAAUAUUAACUGUUGUAAACAAAGACUGUCACUGUUUGAGAUUCCUGUCAGUCGUAGAUCCAGACGUGUUGACUGGCUGUGUCAAGGUGUUUGGACAUCGUACCAAGUCUAGUGUUGUUCCCCUUCCCCCUAAACUUUAGUACUUUGGACCUCUCUUGUUGCGAGUGAUUGUAGGCUGUGUUUUAAAAGCAUUCAAUGUCUCUUUUUCUACCUGCUAGUUAAUAGGAACCUUUGACAUUCACAGCACAAGACUUGCAACCCAAAGCAUUUGUAAUGGUAUAAAACUUUUCAAAGUCAUCCCUUGGUAUUUAGUUGUGGGAAUCUUAACCCCUUUUGGCAAAAUGCCUUUCCUGUAUGCAAAAUGUGGGAUAGGUUAAAGAGUGGUGGUGAAUGCUUCACUUAGUGCUUUCCAGCAUCUGUAGCUCUUCCCAUUUGGUCUUUCUCUCUCCUGUUUCAGGGAAAAAGUAAAUCAGAAGAAUGUGUAGCAUUUCAAGGUUUGGAUGUGUCCUCUUCUAAUUGAAGGCCUUCAGUUAUGAUAAAAAGUUGUCAUGGUGGUUUGGCAUACUGAACAGUCCAUGAAAUAAAUGAGAAAGCAUUGAAUUUUAGUUUUUCCAGCUGUCUUUAUUUUUUUUAUGCUACAUCACUUGCUGAUGUUUCUGAAUCAAUCAGUAAUGAAGCAGUAUCACUUUAAAAUCUUGAGCUGCAGCUUUUUCAUUUAAGCAUUAGAUUAGUUCCCAAUAAUUCCUGGAUUUUUUAUUUGCAGUCAUAUACCUGUACAAGUUUCAGUUUUUGUUCUUUUUUAAAAAAAGUGUGAUUCUCUUAGGUUUACAUUUUGUCAUUGAAGUGGGCAUGCUAACUUGGCCACCUUUUUUGAUGUGGGUGUAAAGUUACAGGUAAGCUUAUACAAAUCUGAGAGCACAGAUAGUUUGUAUGUUUUAUUUGCAUUUACUGUAGCUAUGGGAAGUCGUAAUAUUGAGUUUUGUCUUGAGACUUUACAGUCUUAGUUUUUCUGCCGUAGCAGUCGUCUACAUGUGCAAUUAAACUUCCACUGACUGGGUUUUGUUACUUUUGAGUAAAUUUCAAAUUAUUCCCUUCAAAUUCAUUUCAAGCAGCAUGAUGGACAGCAGGCUCGAUAUACUGAAUCAAUUGGCAUAACAUUUUUGACAGAAAACAUGCUCGAGUGGGCUAAAGAUCCACUCGACUCUGAUUUUGGGCCUGGUAUUUUGACCAGUAAAUGAUAUUCAGAAUUUUCUUUUCUAUUUCACUAGAGGUACCUUGGAAGGUUACCUCGAAAGUCACAAUUUCUGCUUGCUGUGUCUUUGUUGUUGUUUGUAUGGACAAUUCUUGAAUGGAUCGACUGCCAAUACAAUACUCACGUAGAACUCUGCUCGUUCGAGGCGUCUCGGUUGAUGUUAAAAAGCAAAUUUAGGGAGUGACGGCGAUGACGGGGGUGGUGUUUUUCGGGCAAUGGCAGAGGAGUAAGCUUGAGAACAGGAAUGUCACAAUGUAUCAUGGGAAAUAUUUGAAGAGGCAAGUGAGUGAGUGAGUGAGAGGAACAAGACCUGCAGUUUUAAUGUUGUGUUUGAACAGUUCUGGUGUCCAAUAUCUAGUUAGUAAAAGUAACAGGGAAGAGUUUCAACCUCUCAACUCUGACUUUAUGUGUUUUGUCUGUGGAAAAUGGUCUUGCAUUUAGACAAACAAAUAUAAACUGGGGAUUUGUGUGAGACUGUUUUAACUGUUCUGGGCAGUGCUGUUGUAUUUGAUACUGCCUUUUCUUGUAACCCCCCCUUAACCCCUCCUCCAAGUUUGGCUUACAAGUGCCAGUUUUGUUGAUUUGAUCAGAUCAGAACUGUCUCGUAAGAAGUGACAGAGAUGGUCGAUUGACCUUAACUGUGUAUUUACGCAAUGUAAAUUUGAUGCAUUUAUGUGCUGUGUUUUAUAUAUGGUUAUCAGAUGCAGUUACUUAUGAAGCCUUGGACUACUGAUAAUUGAUGUCUUUUUCCAUAUUUUAUUAUUUUGGGAUACUUCUUAGCAUUUCAUAACAUUUUGGGGGGCAAUUGUAUGCUGAUUCUUUGUCAUGUUUUUAUAGGUAUAUUUUAAAAUGGCCCAUUGUGAUGAUUACAAUAUUUUAUUGUUUUUUUUGUGGCCCAAAUUAGUCUUAUACCUUUCCAGUAAGUUUUGGCCGAGGCUUGUUGCUGAGACUCUUAAGUCACUUAUAAAAUCAUUAUUAAAUAUUUUAUAAUAAUCA